AUGUUGCCACGUCAUACAAGAAAUAUCUUCAGACGACUGAAGCACUUACUUGUGAAUCCGUGGAUAAAACACAGACUGUUUCAUUCAAGUUUACCACGAAGAACUGGUGUUGAUCAUGAAGCCAUGGCAAAAAUUAGAAAUAUUGGAGUAAUAGCACACAUUGAUGCUGGUAAAACCACAACAACUGAGCGAAUGCUGUACUAUUCUGGUUUUUCUAAAAAUUUAGGAGAUGUGGAUCGUGGUGACACAGUGAUGGACUACAUGGAGCAAGAACGGGAUAGGGGAAUUACCAUUACAUCAGCUGCAAUUACAUUUAACUGGGACGGGCACAAAAUAAACCUCAUUGACACACCAGGCCAUGUUGAUUUCACAGUGGAAGUUGAGAGGUCCUUAAGAGUAUUGGAUGGAGCAGUUGCUGUACUUGAUGCAUCUGCAGGAGUGGAAGCACAGACUUUAACAGUAUGGCGGCAGGCUGAUCGUUAUAAUGUUCCUCGAAUUGUGUAUCUAAACAAAAUGGACAAGCCUGGUGCCUCUCUGGAUCUGUGUCUGUCUUCCUUGAGAAAUAAACUCCACGCAGAACCUUUGGUUCUAAAUAUUCCUGUUGGAUCCGGGAAAGAGUUCACUGGAGUCCAGGAUUUAGUUCACAUGAACCUGCUGAAAUGGCCUAACAAUGGCAAAGAUGGUCGAGUAUUUGAGCAGACACCCAUAGACUUGAACAAGCCAGAUGAAUCUGUUGAGAAAUUUCUGAAAGCAAGAACAGAUUUGAUUGGCCGGUUAGCUGAUGUAGAUGAACGUAUUGCAGAUCUGGUUUUAUGUGACACUAAAAUUGAAAGCUUUACAGCAGAAGAUCUUAAAUCUGCGAUAAGAUCAGCAACAAUUAAGCAGAAGAUUGUGCCAGUUCUGUGUGGAAGCUCACUGAAGAAUAAAGGUGUUCAGCCUCUUCUAGAUGCAAUAAUAUUAUAUUUACCAAGCCCAGUAGAUAUAAGUUAUGGGUUUGUGAAGUAUUAUAGCAACCACUUGUGUGCUUUAGCUUUCAAAGUGAUACAUGACAAGCAAAGGGGUCCAUUAGCUUUCGUUAGAAUCUAUUCAGGAAUGCUGAAAAGUGGCUCGUACGUUUACAACAUCAAUCGAGAUAUAAAUGAAAAAAGCACUCGGAUACUUCAGGUCUAUGCUGAUGAACUUCAUGACAUAUCCAGCGCGGUUGCUGGCAACAUCGUUGCUGUAGCCGGGUUGAAAGAAACAUAUACUGGAGACACUCUCACAUGCAACCGUACAGCUGCUCAAGAAGCCGCUAGAGCAUAUAUUCUUGAAACGGGGGACAUAGACAGUGAGAGUCCUGAAUCCGAAGAGAAGUCUGAGGAGGAUAAAUCAGAUGAGAUAGCAGAAUCGGAUACCGUAACAAAAGAUAAGAUCCCUAUCCUGGCUGGGGUUUCAGUGCCAGAUCCGGUUUUCUUCUGUUCUAUUGAGGCUGCCUCACUGAGCAUGCAGAAGAGCCUAGAUCUUGCCCUUGAGCAGCUGAAAAAGGAGGACCCAAGCUUAAAGGUUGAAGUUAAUGAGGAAACAGGCCAGACAGUUCUCUCUGGUAUGGGUGAGUUACAUCUGGACAUCAUUAAGUCGCGAUUAGAGAAGGAGUACAAACUGGAGGUUGAACUGGGACCUUUACAGAUUGCAUACAGGGAAACAAUCCUAGAUGAUGUGGAGGUUACAGAAACAUUAGAAAGAGAUCUUGGUGGAAAUCGUCAGUUUGUACAUAUGAGGUUAUCAUUGCAUCCUGAUCUUGAGGAUCGAGAUUUCAAGCAUGUUGUAUUGCAGCGUUCUCAUGAUCAUCCAUUGGUCAUUAGAAGCACUGUACUCAAAGCCAUAGAAAGUGGUAUCAGAUCUGGUCUAGCAAAUGGUUGUAUCCUGAACUUUCCUGUGAUACACACCAGGGUACACUUGCAUGAAUUUGCCACACACCACCACACCACGCUGCCCAUGAUUACAGGCUGUGCUGCCUUGGCUGUGCAGAAAGCUCUCAGGGAAGCGCAGAGUGUUCUGCUAGAGCCAAUGAUGGCAUUAGAGAUCACCACAGAUGAUGAGAAACUAGAUGUGGUCUUAUCGGAUUUGAGUAAAAGACGUAGCCACAUAUUAGAUGUGGCAUUUAGACAAAAUGCUAGAGUCAUUAGUGCCCUCACACCCCUGAAGGAACUAAUGGGGUUCUCCACUGACCUCCGAACCAUCACCUCAGGCACAGCUACCUGCACCAUUGAAUUAUCUCAUUAUGAAAAAAUGAGUAAUGAUGAAAUACAGAAAGUAACUGAGCAGAUCUCAGGCUUUCAUUCUUCUUAA